GAAAGUUGUUAAGUAAUACAGUUGCUUUGGCUGCAAUGGAAGAAAACUGAAAAGAGUUUGAUGAUGAAGGGAAAAACAACCAACAGCAGUGUACAGUCGAAUCGGUCUACAAAGAAUGGAAAAAGAGAUCAAAAGCCACAGAAGACAAACGGUGCUAAAAGAUCUCUAGAGCAAGAAAGACUCAAAGCUUUUAAAGAGGAAUCUAAUGUCUCAGUAGUAGUAGAUGAUACAACUACACAAUCAAAGCUCUCCGAUGAUGAUGAUCAUGCAGUGAAUGACUCUUCAGAGAAAACUGACAAGGAAGAGACUAUAAAUGGCUUGGCCUGUGAUGGUGAAGAAGAGGAGGAGAAUGAAGAAAGCAAAGAAUUUAAUGCUAAAGCUCAUGAGAAGACGGAUUCUGUAUCUUAUUCUGAAACUUGCCAAGGCACCAAUGUUGAUAAGGCAGUCGAAGUUUGGGAUGAUGCUUCGAAUGGUGGUCUAAGCUGUGGAAGUGAAAACGAGGCAGGCGAUGUUAAAGAGAAAAGUGAGAAACUUGAGGAGGAAGAAGAAGCAUUGAACCAAAAGGUUGAGGAUUUGGAGAAAAGAAUUUCGAAACUUGAAGAAGAGCUAAGAGAAGUUGCAGCGCGCGAGAUUUCGCUAUAUUCGGUUGUACCAGACCACUCCAGCUCAGCACACAAGCUUCACACGCCUGCUCGGCGAAUUUCAAGACUCUAUAUUCACGCUUGUAAACAUUGUAGUCAAGGAAAGCGAGCAACUGUUGCUAGAAACUCUGUGUCUGUUCUCAUUUUAGCUUCUAAAUUUUGCGGAAAUUCUGAGGUUGACCUUCUGGUUAUCAAACAUCAUUGCUUUGAGAGAGAUCAUUUUACAGGCAUUUGGUAAACUAGUGUUCCUAGUCACUUACCUCUGGAUCAAAUGGGAGUGAACAUUUUGGUCUAGGGAAGCUAGGAAGGAAGAAGAACCAAUGGACUAAGCAGUCAAAUGGUUUCAAGCAGGUUUUCGAAAAUUGGUAGGAAUCAGAAACCUUCACUGCCGCAUUAGAGAAAGUCG